GUCAAUGGCUGCCCAUGUCUUAUCAACAGCAAUCUCCAUGCAGCCCUGACGGAGCUGCGGCGCGAGGACGAAGAACGGAUUGUCUGGAUCGAUGUAAUAUGCAUCAAUCAGGAAGAUGUUGUGGAGAAGAGCAUACACGUGCCUCUGAUGCACCACGUCUACCAGCGUGCUUCACGGGUCGUCAUAUGGCUCGGGCGCCCCUCCCAGGACAGCGACGAAGCCAUGACGCAUGUCGAUAUACUGCUGCAAGAAAGAACUAUUGGUGGCUUCAUCAGCAGACUGGCUUGUGGAGAUGCAGCUGCAGAGCAACAGAAGCCUAGUAUAAUGUUGCAACCGUUCGCCAGGUUAUUCGGUCGUCCAUGGUGGACACGUAUGUGGGUCCUGCAGGAGGUCUAUCACGCUUCGAACGCCAUCGUGAUGUGUGGGAAGGCUGCUCGGCCGUGA